ACCAGGAUACGAGUAUAACUGGUUUAAGCUAAAUACUGUUUUAGCUAUCGUGAUUUUUAACCACUAUCCUAAUUUAAAUGUGUGUGGAUCAUACUGUACACUUUCACGUGAGAUCAAUUAGUAUUGAUACUUCGUAGUGUGUACUUUGAGGCUUUGCUUGGAUAGUAUAUGUAAGCUGACUCCUGACGGCAUCAGACCUGAUCAAGUUUAGUCUAUCUAUUGGUAAACUCAUUUCACUCCUGGUUAACAGAGAUCCCUGAAUAGUUAUGUACCUAUUCAUUGAGAAUAUUUUACCAGCAGUACUCCCAGCAGAGCUGAUAGAUUAAUUUGCUUUGGUAAAAUAAAGGCAGGAAAACUACCAACAACAUAAAAGCGGAGAGGCUAGGGGAUUGGUAAUUGCGCUACCCCUCUGCUGUCUGCCUUCUGUUAUCUUCUCUUUCAGUGAUCUUUGAGCCUUACUUAGAAGUUGGCUCUAUGAUUCUAUUAAUCCCAGAAUUUGUUAAUUGAAAAAUUUCUAGUUAGCUUAAAUGUUCACUUUUUGAGCUACUUCUCGGGAAAACUUCAAAUCAGAUGUAUAAGUUGCAAGAAUCAAUAUCCACUGAAAUAAGUAGGAAUCUUUCAUCAACUUCACUUUGAUAAAACCCUAAAACUGUCUUGAAAGAGGUACGGUUGACAUAAUACAUUGAAAUACUUUCCACUUCUUUGCAAAGAACCCAAUACAAGAGAAAUUCAGAGACUGCUGGCCUAAUCUGCAAGCAGGUGCCACCUGUCAGUCAAGCAGCUUUGAGUACUUCAAAUGCAGCAUACAGACACACAGAUUUAUUUAUUUAUUUAUUUAUUUAUUUUCCCAUAAUACAAUGUUCUGUCUGCUGUUUCUGGCCAGCAACAGUUAUUUCUGGCUACUUCAUUCUCUUAGCUCUCAUCUUGAUUUUAUGUAAAUGGUGACAGUUCUCUGCUAUGUUCUUUCAGCAUUUUUUUUUUUUUUUUUUAAAACUAGAACUUCGUACUCCGAGUUCUUUACUAAUGUAAGAACAAGGAAGUGGCAUUAUUCAUAAGUAUUGACAGUCAUCACCAAUUCCUCCAUUUAAUCAACUAAUGAUGAAAAUCAGCCUUAAGCUUGUCCCAACUGCAGGAUGUUUUAUGAUGCUUGAACACUAAAUCCAAUGACACUUCAAAGACUUGUUAUCAUCCAGUCCUUUAAAUCUUUUAUUUAUUUAAUGACAAAGUUCUCAGGGGACUGUGUGGGAAGUGAACUGUGGUACCGGAUUACGACAAGUUUCUUUCACACCCUCCGUAGAGGGUGAAGUUGUAAAGCUGAGGCUGCCGGAGAGGCUGGUGCUGUCCCGCUGACAAGCUGUGAUGAGUUACGCGCCUUCAUUUCCUCUUCGGAAUCAAUAUCGACGAUAGGUGCAGCCCGAUUCUGGUUCCACGGUUCAAAGCACCUCGUGCCAGGAGCUGUUAACGAAACACAACUGCUAGUCACAGUGCAUCAUCUCCACCACGAGUCCUGCAGGAGCCCUGGGACCUAGCCUGCUCCUCUGCAUCGUGGUUUGUUUUGUCAGGUACCGACCCGACCAGCCCAGUGGGACAGACAGACGAUUUGUCUCGCCGCCAGCCAGCGGUGGAGGCAGAGCAAAGCCGAGUGCUGGGCGGGCGGAGCUGGGUCCUGCGUCGCUCCGCGCGGCCGCUGUGAAGCUCAGCCCCAAAACCCAAAUACCGCCCGCCGGCACACGCAGCAGCUGCAGGGGCAGCCGCUCCUCAGCCCGUGCCAGGACCUCGUUCCUCGGGCGUUUUCGAAGCGCUCGCUCUUCAAAGACCAAAAUUGUCGCGGCUUCCAGUCAGGCAGCGACGGAGCCGCUCGCGGGGAGGCGGGGGAGAGCAGGGUCCUCCCUGAGGCGGCGUCGCGGCGUGUGACAGGGCGGGAGCUGGGCGGGGGGCCGCGGGGGCCGGGGGGCACCAUGAUGCCGGGGGAGACGCCGCCGCCGCCGCCGGCCGGCACCGCCGCGGCCGCCGCCACGGCCUGCGCGAACUGCGGGAUCCUGCAGCAGAAUAUAAAUGAAUAUGUAGCAGCAUUAGUUGCACUGAAGCAAAAACUGAUCAAUGGCGAUCGUUUGCUGACCGAAUAUCAACAGAAAUGCACUGAGCUUCAGUUUGCUGAAAGGGAGAUCUCUGCUCUACGUUGCCAAGUGGAGCAGAUGCUGCAGAAAAUCCUGCCUCUGGAAAAGGGCCAGGAAGAGUUGGGUUCCUUGAAAGCAGAGUUGGAAGAGAAAAAGAGUUCUCUCAAGAUUUAUCAGGAGAGUCAACUGGAAUAUGUUAAAAUUAAAGAAGAAAUAGUAAAAAGUGAUGCUGUGAGAAAGAAACUGGAAGCAAAAGUGAAGAAACUUGAAGAAGCUGCAACAAAACAUAGUCAAGACUUUAAACUAUUGAAAACUGAAAAGAAAAAGCUUGAAAAGGAACUAAAGAAGGCACAGGGAAAACUUGAUGGUGUUCUUAAAGAGAAGUGCAGAAAGGUUAAACAUGCAGAGACCCAGAGUUCAAGUGAAGAUCUAGAUCUUACAACAGAUAUAGACAAAGAAAAAAUAAAAUUCUUGUUGGAAGAACUCUGGAUGUGCAUUGACAGUGCAAAAGGAAAAAGAGAGAAGCGGGAAAAUGAUCCUAUCUUGGCUUCUGCUCAGGAUAAGGUACGGCCUGAAAAAAGAAGACUGUUUAUUACAGAAGAAGCUGUACAAACCCACCAAAAGAUCAGGAAACGUGAUGGCAAAACACUACAUUGCUAUUCUUCAAUAGAAAGUGCUGGAAAGCACAACUCUGUAACAGCCCUGCAACGUCAUGUGAAUACUGAGCCUUUUGGAGUUGACCAUCUUGAGAAUGGGACUGCUGAAGAAUGUCUGCAAGGUUGUGAGGAUAAAACUAUACAUGUGACAAUGCGGACAGAUGGGGCAUACAGUAGUUCAGACUUCUCUGAUCAGGAGCAAAAGGGCCCAGGUGGAAACGUGAUGGAUAUACUGAACUGGGUCAGGCCUCUCCCUGCUCUACUUUCUCCAGUACAGCUUUCACCAGUAGCUGAACAGGAUAUGUUGUUUGGAGAAGUCACAGGUUCCAGCAGUGAAGAAGUUGAUUGCAGUGCUUCUGCAGUGGAGUAUAUUUUACAAGAAGACCAAGUUCAGCCUCAAAAUUGUUGUAAUGUAUUCAACUUGAAUGAGGAGUGUAACAGAUGGAACAAAACAUGUGGAUGUAGUCUUGAUGCAGAAAUUUCACAUAACUGGAGUAGGAAUGAAAAGAUUGAUGAUAUUGAUCCAGAGAUGUUGAGCAAGAAAGUGAGAGGUGCUGAAACAAAGCAAGCUGAAGCUGCUACUUUAAUUACAAAUGUGGGAACUAACAAAGAUUGUUUGGAGGAGAAUUCUGUGAAUAUGGAAACAGAGGAGAUGGAACUAACUAAAGCAACAGCACAUGAAUUGGAAGCCAUAGAGGAAAAGAAAGGAGAUAUCAAGGAAAUGCACAGUGCAGAUGGGAUCUCUUCAACUGAUUUUAUGCUACACAGUUUUAAGCCUCAGAAUCAGAUAGAAAGAUGUAGUGAGGUAGAGCAAACAGAGGAGAAUGUGAUUUUAAUCAAGGCUGGUGGUUAUGACAGUAUACAUGAAAAGCAUGGUGAAUUAAUGAAGGCAGAAGGAGAUGGAUUAUCAGGAGAGAGAGAAAUUCCCAGGGCAGUAACCAUUCCCCCAAAUGUUACUCAUUUGCCACCUGAACAAUGCGUUGUUGUACUUCAAAGUACAGACUGUGAGGAGAAAUCUGAUGUAUUGGUAGAGAAUGAAGUGGUUGAAAAUGAAUCCAAAGAUGUAAUCAAGGUAGCAAAUACAACAAGCGAUGUUGAGGAAAGCAUAAAACCAGUGAUAAAUGGAGAGGAAAUAACGGCUGCAAUACAGAUGCAAGGGCUCUGUGCAGAGGCUAAUAAUGAGAGAGAACUCUCUGAAGUUGUAUUGUCUGAUUUCAGUAGUUCUAAAUCUUUUUGUGAAGUAGAGUGUCCUAAAGACCUAAUGGUACAGUGUGAUAGUGAGGGAAUAAUUCUGGAGACUGAGGUAUACAGUGAAACUAUGGAGAGUUCUGCUCACUGUCAGUGCUCUGAAAUAAAGCAUGACAGUGAAAAGACACUGGAGGAACAAUGUGUGCAUACACUACAAUAUGAUAUGGACAGAAAACACGAACUGGAGACUGCUAAAGUCUCUCAGUGUUAUUUCUCUGUAUCUGCUGUUGAAGGAAUCAGACAUACACUGUCUAUGGAUGGUAUAGACAAAAAUAUAGCUGCUUCAUCAAGCUUUCCAAAAGAUGAUGGACAGCUCAAAAUACAAGACAUGAGUAUAACCAGACCCGAGUCUAUUGAACUAGCCAUGAAUGUGAACAAAGAAAGUGUUCUUGAAAUAGCUAAAUCAUCAGAGCUAUUCAGUAGUGCAGAAAAUGAAAAAUUACUAGAUGUACGGGAAGGGGAAUAUUUAAAGGUAAACCAUACCAGGAAGAAGAUUACAAUAUUUUUUUCCAAGGGAAGUCGGACUUGGAAAGCAUACUUGCAGUACCAAAGAUGACAUGCAUUACUGAUGCGGAAAGCAGUGUAGCUAAGUGUGAAUCAUGUGUGUUAGAUUUUACAGAAAGAAAUGGUGAAAUGAAACAACCUGAAAGCCUGUGUAGUACAUUAGACUGUGAGUUGACCAAAACUCAGAACUUUGGAGUGUUUGAAUCUCAAGAGACUGAAUUCCAAGUUAAUCAAGAUUUUGUAGAUGAGAGCAGUAAACCGUUAGAAGAAGCAGAUACCAUCCAAUCGGUUGUAGUAGAAAGUAACCUUACAUCUCAGACACAAUUUGCAAAACCUCAGAAUCAGUUCUUGAUAACUGAAAAUGAUAAAUGUGAUGAAAUAAAAGCAGAAUUAAACAAGCAAAGCAAGGAAUUAGUGAUUGAGGCUUGUUCCAGUUCAUUUAACUGGGAAGACAAUGUUGUGAAGGAGAAAAGUAAUGUUUCAGAGAUCAGAUGCCAGCAUACUUCAGAAAUGGGUUUUAAUAGCAGCUUGGCUUUGUCUACUCAAAUGGACUUGAAGACAAGCUGUAUAAAUUCUGAAGAUACAGAUUCCCCUAUCCAAGAGAAUGGAUUGGAAUCCACAGUGCCUUGUAAUUUAAAUUACAGUCUUGAGAAAGUUGUUGGAUUUGUUGAAAGUGAUUUCACAGGAAAUUCUGAUUUUUCUCAUACAUUGAAAAACAAAGAAGAUAAAAAUUGUGUUGUGGGUAGUGCAUUUCAUAGUUCUCUAGAAAGCUUCGAAAAGGGUGCUGAGAUCCCAUCUACUGAAAAAGGCAACAUGUGCAAAGAACUGGACUGCUGCUCUGAGGGGGAAUACAUACACAAAAAUGAAGUGGAAUUUUCAGGUGAGAAGGAGCUGCCAGUAGAUAAAGAACCUCAGGCAUCUGUUAAGUUGCAAAUUUUGCAAGCAAACUCUUAUGAUAAGAAUACUUUGACCUUCCAAAAGUUUGUUUGUCAAGGAUCAGAAUGCAAGACUUCUACAUGGGAAGCUAAUGCAGAUCCUGCUAGAACUGGUUCACUGACAGAUGGGGGGGAAAGUAAAAGGUUGAAUAGUUUUGAGACAUGUGAGGAAAACAGCAUAAAAAGGUCUAAAAAUGCGUUUGAUAUCCCAGAGCAGAGCAAUGUGUCUGAAGAGAAGGACUGUCCUCUACAAAAAGUUGGAGAUGUGAAAUAUUCUGAAUGUGUUCCCAUGUUCAAAAAGGACCUGAGAACUUCAACAAGAAUUGUAAUGAAUGCUCUGGAAAAUGAUGCAAGUGUUGAUGCUGAUGACCAAGUAUGUGAACUUCAUUCAACAAUGCGCCCAGGAAACACUGUGACAGAUAGUCAUCUAAAAGCAGAUACUAUAGUGGAUAUGGAUACAUGCUGUGAAACAGACUAUUCUCCAAAUACUGCAAAUGAGUUGUCAAAUGUGGUUGGGGAGGUUUAUCCCAAAGACUUAGCCUCUCUGAAAAGAGGGUGUGUAUUAGUAGCCUCUGAAAAUGCUGAGGGUGCUAGUGAAUUCAGGGUAGCUGGAUGGAUGAAUGACAAUAGGGAAGAUGUGUUAAAAACUGGGACAUCCAAAGGAAGACUUGUGAUGCCAGGUGCUUCAAAAAAUAGAUUACCAAUAUGCCAGAUAUUAACCAGAUUAUCAGAAACUUACAGAAUGGCUGUAAAAAACAGUAAACUAAGUACAAGAAUGUUAGCACUCGGCAAUUUUGUAGAAGAUGGUUGUGAAAAGCUUGAAUCAAAUGCAGAGCAAAGUCUACCACACAGUGUUGAUAUGGGCAUCUCAGUUCUUGAAGAAUAUAAUCAUAAUCAAAAUUGUGCUGUUUGCAACUCAGAAGAAAGCAACGCUAAUGUUAUGUUAGGUGUUUUUCAGCCUUCAUGUUUUUGUCAUACCACUUGUACUUGGAAGGGCUUUCUGGAUAGUGGUAGAAAAAACUUUAUUAUCAAGUAUCUUACAAAUCCAGCCCUGUCUGAUGUAGACUGCAAUUCUCAAACAGUUAGUCAGUCUUCUGUGCCACAAAAAAUGGUAUUUGAGAAUUUGUGUAUGUCGGAGUCAGAGUCUUGUGUAGAUGUU